CUGAUCGACACGACUUGCACAGAGACUUCUACGAGAGGUAAGUUACAGCAUGCUUUACUAUCAAUCACAUUAAGUGUCAUUCUGCGGUGGCUUCUGCACAAUACCAAUAGUGCACGUCUCACGCAGUCCCACAUCUUUCAUUUGGCUAUAUUAAACAUAAUGUCUAACUGAUGGGCGUCGCCAGAACUUGCAGAGAGGAGGAUAGAGCAGCACCAGAGAGCUGGUGAAGUUGCAUAUAAAGCAGCCGCAGCUAGUUUCAAUAGUUGGCCGCCUCUCUACAUGACCAUACAGGCAUGGCCGUAAUUACAUAAUAAUUCAAGCUAAUUUCUACUAUUGCACACUGCAUGGCUUGACAGGGUCAUGUUUCAGAGGACGCGUGGCUCUCGACCUUCGCCUCUCCCGAGUCGGUAGGGGAGUUGCAGCGAUGGGACAAGACCUCAUAUUAUGAGGACAGGGAGGUCCGGUCUUCGGUAAUUUAUUCCCUAAAAAUGUUUUUUUAAGGAACCCAGUCAGGGUCUCAAAUUACUGUUGAGAGUUAGAAUAGUAGAAUUGACAAGGUGCAAUUUCGAAAUGUAGUUGUGCAUCAGCAGUUUUCCUCUUGCUAUAUGUCACUCACUGACAGUCACGCAAUUAGCACAUGUCAUAAAACAUUUUUGGAUUAGUCUAGGGGAGAAUCUCAAUUGCAUACUCCUCGUGUCCUCUCCUCUCUCCUCGUCUCCAUCUCAAAACCCAUUGGAGGAGAAGAUCAGAGGGGCGGGAUCUCUGGCUUUCUCAUCCAAUGGGUUUCGAGAAGGAGGCAAGGAGAGAGGACGCAAUGAGUGUGAAUUGAGAUUCUACCUAGUUAGUCUAGACAGCUAUCUAAAUGUGUAGUAAUCAGGGCCGAAUUACUGACAGGUAAAGCUGGGCACUAGCCCAGGGAUCCUAACCUCCAAGGGGCCCUCAUUGACAUGUUUGUCAGUCUCACUCAGGUAUCAUAUUAACAUGACAUAAGUCAUGGCAAAAUGUGUAGAAUUGAAUGGAAUUAGCUUUAAAAUUUAAUUUGUUUACGUUUUGUUAAUAAAAUAGUUUUUCUGCUAUCAGAUCCCUCUGUAUGUAGUAAACUAUCCUGGUGCUGAGUUAAUGUGAGUUAAUGUGUAGCUGCUAAUUGUAUAGCUAAUAGGCUAUCUGUUUGUAGAUCGACUGAGGUAAAUGAAGCUACAAGAACCAAUGUGAUAAUGGUUGGGAUAAUUUUUGCUAUUUUCCAAAAGCAUUUUAGAGUGUUUAAAUAGUAUAGAAAUGCAGCAAAUGAGCUUGAACGUUUUUAACAUUUUCAAAAUUUCACAGUAUUAUUCCAACAUCAUAGUGUGGACUUAUAUAUAAAAACAAUAGGAAAAUCCCAUUUUUGACUGCACUAUGCAGAAAUCACUCUGCCAUUUCCUGGUUGCUAAAAUGUUAAUUGUCACUGGUGUAGAGAUGAGUAGGCAGGAGGCAGUCGCAGGUUUAGAACUACUGAAUUUAUUAAAGCACCAUAGUUUAAAGCGGGAUGAAAUCCACAGUGCAAAAUAUAAAGUACUCAGGACAUAGUAGGAGAGCUCCCUCUCAGGAAAACAAGCAACAUAUACAAUGACCGACAAAGACAAAUGACAGAGGGAGCAUAUAUACAGUGAUAGAUUGGGGAUUGGAACCAGGUGUGUGUAAUGAUGACGAGACAAGUCCUGGGUUGAUGAGUGAAGGGCGUUUUCCAGCAGCAGGUUCGGCAGCAGCUAGAAGGCCGGGCGAAGCCGAAUACCUGAGCUGGACAGGAUGGGGAGCCAAAACGAAGGCUGGUGUGACAGUACCACCUCGAGGCGUUGCUUCAGCAGCAGGGCGCUGCCGACCUUGGGGACGACCCCGGAGAUGCGGAGCCGGUCGGUCGGGAUGACGCCUGUGGAAAUCCCAAAUGAGAGAACGGUCCAGGACUUCCCGAACUGGAACCCAGCACCGCUCUUCGGGACCGUACCCCUCCCAGUUGACCAGGUACUGGAGAGACCAACGCCGGGGCGCCGGGGCUCCCUCGAAGUCCAAGGGAGGGGGAGGUGCGUCGUGGGGUCCAGCACUAGCCAAGGGACUAGCUGCCACCGGCCUGAGGAGAGAUACAUGUAAUGAGGGUGAGAUACGGUAAAUGACAGGGAGCUGUAAUCUGUACUUCACCUCAUUGAUUCUCCUCAGGACCUUGAACGGCCCCACAAACUGCGGGCUCAGCUUCUGGCAGGGCAGGCAGAGGGGCAGGUCCUUCGUAGAAAGCCAGACCCUGUCACCGGGGUCACACUGCGGUGACGAUCGGACUGCGCCUUCUGCCGGAGGACAAAGUGCUGGAGAUGGGUGUGCACUGUGUUCCAUACCUCCUCGGCGCGCCGGAACCAAUCGUCCACCGCAGGAGCCUCAAUCUUUAAAAAAAUUUUAUUUCACCUUUAUUUAACCAGGUAAACCAGUUGAGAACAAGUUCUCAUUUACAACUGCGACCUGGCCAAGAUAAAGCAAAGCAGUGCGAUAAAAACAACAACACAGAGUUACAUAUGGGGUAAAACAAAACAAAGUCAAAAAUACAACAGAAAUACAUAUAUAUACAGUGUGUGCAAAUGUACCAAGUUAUGGAGGUAGGGCAAUAAAUAGGCUAUAGUGCAAAAUAAUUACAAUUAGUAUUAACGCUGGAAUGAUAGAUGUGCAAGAGAUGGUGUGCAAAUAGAGAUACUGGGGUACAAAUGAGCAAAAUAAAUAACAAUAUAGGGAUGAGGUAGUUGGGCGGGCUAAUUUCAGAUGGGCUGUGUACAGGUGCAGUGAUCGGUAAGGUGCUCUGACAACUGAUGCUUAAAGUUAGUGAGGGAGAUAAGUGUCUCCAGCUUCAGAGAUUUUUGCAAUUUGUUCCAGUCAUUGGCAGCAGAGAACUGGAAGGAAUUGCGGCCAAAGGAGGUGUUGGCUUUGGGGAUGACCAGUGAGAUAUACCUGCUGGAGCGCAGACUACGGGUGGGUGUUGCUAUGGUGACCAAUGAGCUAAGAUAAGGCGGGGAUUUGCCUAGCAGUGAUUUAUAGAUGGCCUGGAGCCAGUGGGUUUGGCGACGAAUAUGUAGUGAGGACCAGCCAACAAGAGCGUACAGGUCACAGUGGUGGGUAUUAUAUGGGGCUUUGGAGACAAAACGGAUGGCACUGUGAUAGACUACGUCCAAUUUGCUGAGUAGAGUGUUGGAGGCUAUUUUGUAAAUGACAUCGCCGAAGUCAAGGAUCGGUAGGAUAGUCAGUUUUACGAGGGCAUGUUUGGCAGCAUGAGUGAAGGAGGCUUUGUUGCGAAAUAGGAAACCGAUUCUAGAUUUAACUUUGGAUUGGAGAUUCUUAAUGUGAGUCUAGAAGGAGAGAUUACAGUCUAACCAGACACCUAGAUAUUUGUAGUUGUCCACAUACUCUAGGUCAGACCCGUCGAGAGUAGUGAUUCUAGUCGGGUGGGCGGGUGCAAGCAGCGUUCGGUUGAAGAGCAUGCAUUUAGUUUUACUAGUGUUUAAGAGCAGUUGGAGGCUACUGAAGGAGUGUUAUAUGGCAUUGAAGCUCGUUUGGAGGUUUGUUAACACAGUGUCCAAUGAAGGGCCAGAUGUAUACAAAAUGGUGUCGUCUGCGUAGAGGUGGAUCUGAGAGUCACCAGCAGCAAGAGCGACGUCAUUGAUAUACACAGAGAAAAGAGUCGGCCCAAGAAUUGAACCCUGUGGCACCCCCAUAUAGACUGCCAUAGGUCCAGACAACAGGCCCUCCGAUUUGACACAUUGAACUCUAUCUGAGAAGUAGUUGGUGAACCAGGCGAGGCAGUCAUUUGAGAAACCAAGGCUAUUUAGUCUGCCAAUAAGAAUGCGGUGGUUGACAGAGUCGAAAGCAUUGGCCAGGUCAAUGAAAACGGCUGCACAGUACUGUCUAUUAUCGAUCGCGGUUAUAAUAUCGUUUAGGACCUUGAGCGUGGCUGAAGUGCACCCAUGACCAGCUCGGAAACCGGAUUGCAUUGCGGGGAAUUGGUGGGAUUUGAAAUGGUCGGUGAUCUGUUUGUUGACUCCGGUGCCAGGGUGCCAGGGCUGGCUGAUAGCUUAGAACACACCGAAAGGGUGUGAGGUUAGUGGAGGAGUGACGGAGGGAGUUUUGUGCGUAUUCUGCCCAAGGCAGAAAUGCAGCCCAAUCCCCUGGCUGGUCCUGACAGUAAUUACAAAGGUACCUACCCAGUUCCUGAUUUACCCUUUCCACCUGCCCAUUUGAUUGGGGACGGUACCCGGAGGUGAGACUGACCGUGACCCCCAGUCGUUCCAUGAAGGCCUUCCAGACACGGGAGGUGAACUGAGGACCACGGUCAGACAAAAUGUCCUCCGGGAUCCCGUAGUGCCGGAAGACGUGAGAGAAGAGGGCCUCCGCGGUCUGCAUGGCUGUAGGGAGACCAGGCAGAGGAAUCAAAUGACAGGCUUUGGAAAACCGGUCCACAACAACCAGGGUGGUGGUGUGCCCCUCCGAGGGGGGAAGGUCUGUGAAAAAGUCCACGGAGAGAUGGGACCAGGGUCAUUGUGGAACCGGCAGCGGGUGGAGUUUGCCAUAGGGGAGGUGUCUCAGUGUCUUGCUCUGUGUGCAGGUGGAGCAGGAAGAGACGUCAACCAGGACGUCCAGGGCCAAGGUGGGACACCAGUACUUGGCAGAGAGACAGUCGGUGCCCCGACACAGGUGCUGUGUAUACCCAGGCAAGGAGACGGUCCUGCACAUCAGAGGGCAUGUAGAUAUGCCCCUCAGGACAGUGGGCAGGCAAGGGCUCCUGUCGCAGGGCUCGACGAAUGUCCGCGUCCACAUUCCACACGACAGGAGCCACAAUGCAGGACAGGGGAAUAAUGGGUGUCACCAAGGCCACCUUUAGGUCCCGGUAUUCCUCCGGGAUAGGGACGUGGGUGGCCUGGUCCGAACUUUCCACAGAGGUGGCACAGAUUGACACAGAGAGACACCUCCCCGACAGUCCUGCGACCAACCCAACAACCUCCUCUCUGUCCACAAUAUACUGGGGUUAUGCAACUGUAGCCAGGGGAAACCUAAAACUACGGGGUGUGCAGAAGAGUCUAAGAUGAGGAAAGUGAUGUGUUCAUGGUGGUUGUGAUUAACAGUGAGGGAAAUGGGAAUCGUGGUCUGGCGCACCAGUCCUGUUCCUAGGGGACGGUUGUCUAGGGCAUGGACUGGGAUAGGGGGUUGUAAAGGGACUAGAGGAAUGCGUAAUGAUAAGGCCACUGACCGGUCUAGGAAAUUGCCUACUGCACGUGAGUCCACUAGGGCAGGACUCAGUGGGGGACCAGGAUAGUCAGGCAAGAUGACAGGGAGGAGGACAGGCUGGGUGGACAGAGAGGAGCAAGGCACGCCCACGCCCACGUCUACCUGGGAACUUGCAGGAGCGCGCCUCGGCCUGUCGCUUCCUCGCCUGGUUCUCCUUCUGGGACAGGUGUUCCAGGAGUGGUCCGACUCCCCGCUGUAGAAGCAGAGACCCUGUUUACAGAGGCGUUUAUGUUCUGCAGGGGGAAGGUGUGUUGUGCCAACCUCCAUGGGCUCAGUCUCGCUGGAGGUUCCUGGGAGAGACCCGAACCCCCGGGAUGGGUGACGACGGGCAUGCAGGAGAUUAUCCAGGCGGAUGGCCAUGGCGAUGAGCUGGUCCAGCGUGAAGUCCUCAUCGUGACAGGCCAGCUCGGUCUGGACGUCCGCCUGUAGCCUGCUGCGGAAAACCGUCAACAGGGCCUGGACGUUCCAGCCAGUGGACGCAGCCACUGUCCGGAAAUCCAGAGCGUACUCCGACGCUGUCCUGGACCCUGGCGUAGAUGCUCACCUCCCUCUCAGCCAUCUGUUUGGUGGUCGAAGACGGCACAGAAGAGUUGUGUGAAGCGCUCAUAGGACUGCACUUCUGGACCGUCCCUCUCCCAGACGGCGUGCGCCCACUCCAGAGCCCGGCCUGUCUGCACCAAGAUCACCAAGGCCACCUUGUCCCUCUCGGAGGCCGACCCGGCAUGAAGGGAAAUGUGGAGGUCACACUGCAGGAGAAACCCCCUACAGUGAGCUGGGGUGCCGUCAAACCACUCCGGGAGGGGCAGGUGGACGUUGCUGAUCGGACCGGGUGAUGUAGAUGGUGGUGGGGUGGCUGGAACGACCGCAGGGAGCUGGGAAGGUGGUGGUGUAGCCUGCAGUUGGCAUACGACCCGGUGAACCUCGUCCAUGGUAGUCCCGAGGCGCUUCCGGCACGAGUCGUGGUGCCGGAACAUCGCUCCUACAGCGGAGAGGUCGGGAUGUCCUGCUGCUUCCUGUUUUCUUGGGUCGGUCAUUCUGUCACUGGUGUAGAGAGGAGUAGGCAGGAGGCAGUCGCAGAUUUAGAACUACUCAAUUUAUUAAAGCACCAUAGCUUAAAGCGGGAUGAAACCCACAGUGCAAAAUAUAAAGUACUCAGGACAUAGUAGGAGAGCUCCCUCUCAGGAAAACAAGCAACAUAUACAAUGACCGACAAAGACAAAUGACAGAGGGAGUAUAUAUACAGUGAUAGAGUGGGGAUUGGAACCAGGUGUGUGUAAUGAUGACGAGACAAGUCCGGGGUUGAUGAGGUGUUUGCCAGUAGCAGGUUCGGCAGCAGCUAGUAGGCCGGCAUCGCCGAAUGCCUGAACUGGACAGGGGGGGAGCCAAAGUGAAGGCUGGUGUGACAGCCUUUAGGCUGGCCUAAUUUCAGUUUUUGUGACAACACAAGCAAGUAUAGUGUAGAGAAUCAUUGUACCAUUUAAACUGCCUCUGGAAGCAAUGUAAGCACAAUAACUGUUCGUCAGGAGCUUCAUGAAAUGGGUUUCUGUGGCCGAGCAGCCGUACACAAGCCUAAGAUCACCAUGCGCAAUGCCAAGCGUCAGCUGGAGUGGUGUAAAGCUCGCCGCCAUUGGACUCUGGAGCAGUGGAAACGUGUUCUCUGGAGUGAUGAAUCACGCUUCACCAUCUGGCAGUCCGACAGACUAAUCUGGGUUUGGCGGAUGCCAGGAGAACGCUUCCUACCCCAAUGCAUAGUGCCAACUGUAAAGAUUGGUGGAGGAGGAAAAAUGGUCUGGGACUGUUUUUCAUGGUUCGGGCAAGGACCCUUAGUUCCAUUGAAGGGAAAUCUUAACGCUACAGCAUACAGUGACAUUCUAGACGAUUCUGUGCUUCCAGCUUUGUGGCAACAGUUUGGGGAAGGCCCUGUCCUGUAUCAGCAUGACAAUGCCCCCGUGCACAAAGCGAGGUCCAUACAGAAAUGGUUUCGAGAUCGGUGUGGAAGAACAUGACUGGCCUGCACAGAACCCUGACCUCAACCCCAUCGAACACCUUUGGAAUGAAUUGGAACGCCGACUGUGAGCCAGGCCUAAUCGCCCAACAUCAGUGCCCGACCUCAGUAAUGCUCUUGUGGCUGAAUGGAAGCAAGUCCCUGCAGCAAUGUUCUAACAUCUAGCGGAAAGCCUUCCCAGAAGAGUGGAGGCUGUUAUAGCAGCAAAGGGGGGACCAACUCCAUAUUAAUGUCCAUGAUUUUGGAAUGAGAUGUUCGUCGAACAGGUGUCCACAUACUUUUGGUAAUGUAGUGUAUAUAAGGCCAUAUAUGGCCAUAUUACUUUUCCGUAUGGGGCAGCUUGCUCCAAGAUGCUACUGUACUUGAUUUAUCUAAUGCAGAUUAGUCUACUGCAGCAUUCCACUGGCUUUAUUAGCGAGUUCUCUAGUCUAGCACACCACCAGAUCGUAUAGCUUUAAACCCAGACUCUACCAUGUCACUGCUACUACACGCCAAGUCAUACUUGAUUAACCAUGCUUGUGUUACCAUCCCCUUGGUCUAGGACUGCAGGCCAGCUUUGCCGUUGUGUAUGGAUAUUAACUCAAACAAUGGGUGCUGGAUCAGCUGAAUCAUGAUUCAUAAAGUCAGCCUUUACGCGCUGUUUUCUCUAGAGAUCUACCCAGUGUGCAUUCCAAAUGACACCCUUUUCCCAUUGAGCACAACUUUUUUGACCAGGGCCCAAAGUACUGCACUAUAUAGGGUAUAGGGUACGAUUUGGGAUAGCGUCCAAAUGUCCAUCUUCUAAACUGUAAAAUUGAACUCUGUGGCACAACUGUCAACUAAAGAGGCUGAUUGAUUUAAAGCUCUCCUUAUUAUCUAAGGAACUAAGGAAGUCUCGAGGUUUUGCUCGCCUGAGGUAGAGUAUCUUAUGAUAAGCUGUAGACCACACUAUUUACCAAGAGAGUUUUCAUCUAUAUUUUUCAUAGCUGUCUAUUUACCACCACAAACCAAUGCUGGCAUUAAGAUUGCACUGAAUGAGUUGUACAAGGCCAUUAAUCAACAGGAAAACGCUCAUCCAGAUGCAGCGCUCCUAGUAGCCGGGGACUUUAAUGCAGGGAAACUUAAAUCCGUUCUACCUAAUUUCUACCAGCAUGUUAAAUGUGCAACCAGAGGGAAAAAAACUCUAGACCACCUUUACUCCACACACAGAGACGCAUACAAAGCUCUCCCUCGCCCUCCAUUUGGCAAAUCUGACCAUAACUCUAUCCUCCUGAUUCCUGCUUAUAAGCAAAAACUGAAGCAGGAAGCACCAGUGAUUCGGUUAAUAAAAAAGUGGUCAGAUGACGCAGAUGCUAAGCUACAGGACUGUUUUGCUAGCACAGACUGGAACAUGUUCCGGGAUUCUUCAGACAGCAUUGAGGAGUACACCACAUCAGUCACUGGCUUCAUCAAUAAGUGCAUCGAUGAUGUCGUCCCCACAGUGACCGUACGUACAUACCCCAACCAGAAGCCAUGGAUUACAGGAAACAUCCGCACUGAGCUAAAGGGUAGAGCUGCCGCUUUCAAGGAACGGGACUCUAACCCGGACGCUUAUAAGAAAUCCCGCUAUGACCUCCGACGAACCAUCAAACAGGCAAAGAGUCAAUACAGGUCUAAGAUUGAAUCAUACUACACUGGCUCUGACGCUCGUCGGAUGUGGCAGGGCUUGAAAACUAUUACAGACUACAAAGGGAAGCACAGCCGCGAGCUGCCCAGUGACACAAGCCUACCAGACGAGCUAAACCACUUCUAUGCUCGCUUCGAGGCAAGCAACACUGAAGCAUGCAUGAGAGCACCAGCUGUUCCGGACGACUAUGUGAUCACGCUCUCCGUAGCCGAUGUGAGUAAGACUUUUAAGCAGGUCAACAUUCACAAGGCCGCAGGGCCAGACGGAUUACCAGGACGUGUACUCCGAGCAUGUGCUGACCAACUGGCAAGUGUCUUCACUGACAUUUUCAACAUGUCCCUGACUGAGUCUGUAAUACCAACAUGUUUCAAGCAGACCACCAUAGUCCCCGUGCCCAAGAACUCUAAGAUAACCUGCCUAAAUGACUACCGACCCGUAGCACUGACAUCUGUAGCCAUGAAGUGCUUUGAAAGACUGGUCAUGGCUCACAUCAACAGCAUAAUCCCAGAAACCCUAGACCCACUCCAAUUUGCAUACCGCCCCAACAGAUCCACAGAUGAUGCAAUCUCUAUCGCACUCCACACUGCCCUUUCCCACCUGGACAAGAGGAACACCUACGUGAGAAUGCUAUUCAUUGACUACAGCUCAGCAUUCAACACCAUAGUGCCCUCUAAGCUCAUCACUAAGCUAAGGAUCCUGGGACUAAACACCUCCCUCUGCAACUGGAUCCUGGACUUCCUGACGGGCCGCCCCCAGGUGGUAAGGGUAGGUAACAACACAUCUGCCACACUGAUCCUCAACACGGGGGCCCCUCAGGGGUGCGUGCUCAGUCCCCUCCUGUACUCUCUGUUCACCCAUGACUGCAUGGCCAGGCACGACUCCAACACCAUCAUUAAGUUUGCCGACGACACAACAGUGGUAGGCCUGAUCACCGACAACGAUGAGACAGCCUAUAGGGAGGAGGUCAGAGAUCUGGCCGUGUGGUGCCAGGACAACAACCUCUCCCUCAAUUCCCCCUCAGGAGACUAAAAAGAUUUGGCAUGGGUCCUCAGAUCCUCAAAAAAUUCUACAGCUGCACCAUCGAGAGCAUCCUGACUGGUUGCAUCACCGCCUGGUAUGGCAACUGCUUGGCCUCUGACCGCAAGGCACUACAGAGGGUAGUGCGUACGGCCCAGUACAUCACUGGGGCAAAGCUCCCUGCCAUCCAGGACCUCUAUACCAGGCGGUGUCAGAGGAAGGCCCUCAAAAUUGUCAAUGACUCCAGCCACCCUAGUCAUUGACUGUUCUCUCUGCUAUCGCACGGCAAGCGGUACCGGAGUGCCAAGUCUAGGUCCAAAAGACUUCUCAACAGCUUCUACCCCCAAGCCAUAAGACUCCUGAACAGCUAAUCAUGGCUACCCGGACUAUUUGCACUGCCCCCCCACCCCAUCCUUUUUACGCUGCUGCUACUCUGUUAAGAAAGUAUUUAUGCAUAGUCACUUUAACUCUACCCACAUGUACAUAUUACCUCAACUACCUCAACUAGCCGGUGCCCCCGCACAUUGACUCUGCAACGGUACCCCCCUGUAUAUAUAGCCUCCCUACUGUCACUUUAUUUUACUGUAUAUAUAGCCUCCCUACUGUCACUUUAUUUUACUUCUGCUCUUUUUUUCUCAACACUUUUUUUGUUGUUGUUUUAUUCUUACUUUUUUGUUUAAAAUAAAUGCACUGUUGGUUAAGGGCUAUAAGUAAGCAUUUCACUGUAAUGUCUGCACCUGUUGUAUUCGGCGCAUGUGACCAAUAAAAUUUGAUUUGAUUUGAUUUGAUCAAAUCAAUUUAGUAAUUUCUGUAGUAACAAAACAUUUGGCCCAUAGCUAGCCUGUACAAUCAAAACACUAUCAAGAUACUGUACCUCAGUACACUUCACAUGUUUACAUGGUUCACAUUUUUUGCGGAGAUGAAGCAUUAAAUUGUACAGAGUACUAUGCUGUAUCCCGUGCAUAUGACAAUCAACUUUGAUUUGAUUUUGAUUUGACAAUCCCAGAAAAAUAGCAUAAAGAUCACUCAGAUGUCUGCAGAUCAUGGACAUUUAUUUCAGGGACAUUAUGGAAGAAACUAUUGCAUUGCUAUACUUUUGGUUUGUGGAUGAGAGCCACACUAGUGUUUCUUCUGUGGAUUUUCAUUGGACCAUUGGCCCUAUGUUCUGUCACUGCAAUGAGCUAUGGAUCUAAAAUGGCACCUUAGUAAAACACCUGUGUUGGACUGUCUGUCUGAGACUGUAGGGCUGGCAUUAUAGAAAACGACAAAUGAUGGUCAUGGUUUGAAUCGAAGCUCCAGACAACAACACUGUUGUCUUAUGGAAAGUUCAUAGCUGGCUCGUGUUCCUAAACCUUCCCUGCUCCCCUCUAUGCAAAUAUACUGUAUGUUUUCUCUGGAUCCAAAACCCCUCUUUUUCCCACUGUCCUGGAACAGCAGUGGGACACGUAAUAGUUAAGUUGCUAAGCAGAGACUCUGAUAUUUCAGUAAUGUUUUUUUCCCCAUCUAUUCAUGUGGAUAUUCAUUAAACCACUAUAGCAGGGGGUUCCCAAACUUUCUAGGCCCACGACCACAUUUUGAUAUCAGAACAUUUUUGCGACCCCAACCAUGUGAAAUAGUUUUAUGUAAUUAACAGACAAUGUUUACUUUGUUAAUUGUGGCUACGGCAGUCAAUUUUGAAACAUUCUAACAGUAUUUCUGAUUGUAUUCUCAAAUCACCAUCAUAUACUUUUAAUGUGGGCCUAUGACAGUCAAUUGCAAAUUAGUCUGACAUAAUUUCCCUUAUCUCACCACCACGUGCUUGAUGCAUGUCGCGUCGGAGCUUCUCAAAGUCAACGGGUGUGGUCGACAGUGCGCACCUCAUCUCUCCUGUCACAUCCAACCUGGAUAUAUAUUUGUUUUUAAUACAGACGAGAGUACUGAAUCAGCAUACCAUGAGUUUUAAUGCCCCAAGGGAGACGGCACAGUAUUCCCUUUGAGUCAUGAACCAAAUCUCCUCCAUAGUGACCCGUGAAUUCCUUGUCUGCAGCAUUAGGUCACAUGACAGCUCAAUCAGCUGUUCGAUUUCACUUACCGGCAUGUCAGCUGAGCCAGGGUAACAGUCUAACGGAUUUAGCUGAUUUGUUCACUCAUCUGAUCCUCCUCUCCACCCUCUCCGAGCUGGGCAUCUCCGGCGCGGCUCACUCUUGGAUUGCGUCCUACCUGACCGGUCGCUCCUACCAAGUGGCGUGGCGAGAAUCUGUCUCCGCACCACGUGCUCUCACCACUGGUGUCCCCAGGGCUCAGUUCUAGGCCCUCUCCUAUUCUCGCUAUACACCAAGUCACUUGGCUCUGUCAUAUCCUCACAUGGCCUCUCCUAUCAUUGCUAUGCAGACGACACACAACUAAUCUUCUCCUUUCCCCCUUCUGAUAACCAGGUGGCGAGUCGCAUCUCUGCAUGUCUGGCAGACAUAUCAGUGUGGAUGACGGAUCACCACCUCAAGCUGAACCUCGGCAAGACGGAGCUGCUCUUCCUCCCGGGGAAGGACUGCCCGUUCCAUGAUCUCGCCAUCACGGUUGACAACUCCGUUGUGUCCUCCUCCCAGAGUGCGAUGAGCCUUGGCGUGACCCUGGACAACACCCUGUCGUUCUCCACUAACAUCAAGGCGGUGACCCGAUCCUGUAGGUUCAUGCUCUACAACAUUCAGAGAGUACGACCCUGCCUUACACAGGAAGCGGCACAGGUCCUAAUCCAGGCACUUGUCAUCUCCCGUCUGGAUUACUUCAACUCGCUGUUGGCUGGGCUCCCUGCCUGUGCCAUUAAACCCCUACAACUCAUCCAGAAUGCCGCAGCCCGUCUGGUGUUCAACCUUACAAAGUUCUCUCACGUCACCCCGCUCCUCCGCACACUCCACUGGCUUCCAGUUGAAGCUCGCAUCUGCUACAAGACCAUGGUGCUUGCCUACGGAGCUGUGAGGGGAACGGCACCUCCGUACCUUCAGGCUCUGAUCAGUCCCUACACACAAACAAGGGCAUUGCGUUCAUCCACCUCUGGCCUGCUGGCCCCCCUACCUCUGCGGAAGCACAGUUCCCGCUCAGCCCAGUCAAAACUGUUCGCUGCUCUGGCACCCCAAUGGUGGAACAAGCUCCCUCACGACGCCAGGACAGCGGAGUCACUCACCACCUUCCGGAGACACUUGAAACCCCACCUCUUUAAGGAAUACCUGGGAUAGGAUAAAGUAAUCCUUCUACCCCCCCCUUACCCCACCCCCAAAAUAAGGUGAAUGCACCAAUUUGUAAGUCGCUCUGGAUAAGAGCGUCUGCUAAAUGACGUAAAUGUAAAUGUAAAUGUAAAUCUGUAGAAAUGUUUUGUAUUUCCCCUUGAUGCUUGCGUUCAGUUCCCCAAAUAUGUCUGUUACACAGGCAAGGAGACACAUUUUCUUUUCAAUACACAGAAAGUCAACAAAGUCUUUUUUUGUACAUCCAUUGUGAAUGACAACAGUUCUUCUCUCAAUUCUAAAAAUCUUUCCAACACUACCCCUCGAUAACCACCAAGCCUCGGUGUGAAAUAGAACAUUGUCAUGCUCUGAUCCCAUAUCUCCACGUAGUUUUGCGAACAGGCGUGUGAUGUAGUUUGCAAUCGAAGUUGCCUACUGCAUAUCUCCGAGUUCUGCGUUCAGCUCGUUUGCCACCAGUUCCUCUCGGUGUAUCCAUUAUAGCUCAGUGGGUGUAUCAUACAAUGCAUCCAUAUGGCAGAGGGAGAAACAUUCAUAACUAGAGUGCAGAGGCCUGCCCGCCGUCCCGUGAUAGAUGGAGCCCCAUCUGUGCAAAAUCCCGCCAUUUGAUCCCAUGGAAUCAGUUUUUCGUCAAUAUAGCCACGCAGCACACUGCACAUCCCCUGUGCCGAUUCAUGCUCGGAAAUAGUGAGACAGAACAAUAUGUCCUCAUGAAUAGCAUCUCCCGACAUGUAGCGAACAAAAGUCAAUGCAUGGGCAUCUCGGCCCUCACAGCUAACAUCCAUUUGGAGAGCAUAAGGUGGGGAGUUUUUGAGUCGUUCAGUCAGAGUUUUCUCUUGAUUGCUAUUUAUAGCGUCAAUUCUUAGUUUCACAGGGUUGUCUGACAAAGGUAUUGUUUUCACCAUAUCAAUUGCGGCCAGUAAAAACAAAUGAUAGUUCCACUAAGCGCAAACCAGAUGGGAUGGCGUAUCGCUGAAGAAUGCUGUGGUAGCCAUGCUGGUUAAGUGUGCCUUGAAUUCUAAAUAGAUCACAGACAGUGUCACCAGCAAAGCACCCCCACACCAUAACACCUCCUCCUCCAUGCUUUACGGUGAGAAAUACACAUGCGGAGAUCAUCUGUUCACCCACACCACGUCUCACAAAGACACGGCGGUUGGAACCAAAAAUCUCCAAUUUGGACUCCAGCACAACCAGGUUGGAACCAAAAAUCUCCAAUUUGGACUCCAGCACAACCAGGUCUCUUCUUCUUAUUGUGGUAGUGGUUUCUUUGCAGCACUUCGACCAUGAAGGCCUGAUUCACACAGUCCCCUCUGAACAGUUGAUGUUGAGAUGUGUCUGUUACUUGAAAUGUUCCCGAAUUGACUGAACUUCAUGUCUUAAAGUUUCUCUUUGCUUAUUUGAGCUGUUCUUGGUCUUUUACCAAAUAGGGCUAUCUUCUGUAUACCCCCCCUACCUUCUCACAACACAACUGAUUGGCUCAAACGCAUUAAGAAGGAAAUAAAUUCCACAAAUUGACUUUUAACUGUUCAUUGAAAUACAUUCCAGAUGACUACCUCAUGAAGCUGGUUGAGAGAAUGCCAAGAGUGUGCAAAGCUGUCAUCAAGGCAAAGGGUGGCUAUUUGAAGAAUCUCAAAUAUAAAAUAUAUAUAUAUAUAAUUUGUUUAACCCGUUUUUGUUACUACAUGAUUCCAUAUGUGUUAUUUCAUAGUUUUGAUGUCUUCACUAUUAUUCUACAAUGUAGAAAAUAGUAAAAAUAAAGAAAAACCCUGGUCGCGACCCCUAGUUUGGGAACAGGUGCAUUAUAGUCUAAUGUACCCUACUCAUGGUAUAACAUGAAUACCUCUUUGUCAUACUUGUUUUUUCUUAGGGCUCGAUUCAAUCUGUAUCGCCGAAGUUCAGCACUAUAGCAUGAUUUAAAUGUAAAGGUAAUUUCUGAUUGAGCCUACAUAUGCUGCGUUUACCAUGACAUUUUAGUCAUUUAGCAGACGCUCUUAUCCAGAGCGACUUACAGUUAGUGAAUGCAUAUAUAUUUUUUUCAUACUGGCCUCCCGUGGGAAACUAACCCACAUCCCUGCCGGCCAAUCCCCUACCUUGGAUGAUGCUGGACCAAUUGUGCGCCGCCCAUGGGUCUCCCGGUUGCGGCUGGCUGCGACAGAGCCUGGACUCGAACCAGGAUCUAUAGUGGCACAGCUAGCACUGCAAUGCAGUGCCUUAGACCACCGCGCCACUCGGGAGUCAAAUGAAUGCAGUCUCUGCUAACACGGGAACAUUGCCUUUACAUUUCUAUUGCGCAGUAGCGCAGCUCUUCAGCGCUACGGAUUGAAUCGAGCCCAUACUAUUUGAGUCAUGUAAUAGACAACAAUGUAGAAUCUGAUAUGAUGCUGGAAUUAAAUGCUAUUUCUCUCCACAAUGAAUGCUUUAUCUAGGACCAAUUUACAACUGUACCUUCAUGUUCAUAGUAACAAACAUCACUGUCAAUGGGACCUUGGUAUAAGCCGAUCUUGGAUUUAAUACACUCAAAUAACUCUCGUUGUCCAAAGAUUUAAAGCACUUACAGGUGGGUGAACUAUCCCUUUAAGGUUCAAAAGGUCAAAGGUUGUGUCUAAUCUGUCUGUUGACCUUCCUUGUCCUCUCAGGUGCAGCAGCCAUGUUUGACCGCCUCCACCUCCUGAGCCCCGUCCUCCUGUUCCUCCCCCUGGUCAUCCCUGUCCCGCCCCCCGGAGGUGCCUCUCCUGCCCCCUGCCGCCGCUGCUGUGACGACCUGGAGCCACAGGAGGGCCCUCCAGCUCCUCAGACGGGGGACCAAAAGAGUGGCCUGAACCAGAUGCCUGAAGUCCGCACCUUCAUCAACAUGACCAUCCUCAAAGGUGCGCCUGGAUUGUGCCUUUACACCUGCAAUACACAUAGCUUGAUCCUUGGUCUCUUUGUGGUGUUUUGCCAACUCCUAUGGUGGUUGUCAUGCCAAAGACAAAACAAUUGGCAAAACAGCACAAAGAGAUCUGGGACCAGAUCUGACUGAAUUCCAUUUGAUUGGAUUAUGAGUAUGUGUAUUCCAAUCCAUGGCUCUACUCAAUUGGACCUCUAAAUUCCUAUAGAGUUAGGCCCUGCUCGCAUUUGACACAUUUAAGAGACUUUGUACGAUUCUAGACAUUGAGAUUGGCUCGGUGUACAUGUGAUUCACCAGAGGUGAAGGGCUGCCCCUGGACUUAAUGAGGCUGUUGUGUUUCAAACUGAACUUUUCAUUGAAGGAAUGCCUUUAAUUUUUUCUCCAGACUGGAGGCUAGAAAGUCUGCUGCUAUUUCAGAACAUUAACCUGGCAUUGAACUUGCUUAUGUGGCAGAAUACAUGACCAAUAACGUAACAGUUUGUGUGUGUUUGUGUGCUCACCAGAGAGCGUGACCUGGCUUGGAAAAACAUGCUGUGGCUUUCCAAAAAUAAAGCAGCAGAAAGAAAUAUCCUGUUGAAGAUAAGCAGAAUUCCAGAACCCUAAAUUAUCAUAUACUGAAUGGGCUACAAUUAUGAGAACUCUGGAGUGACUCCAAGUUUACGUAACAUUCCUGUCUGGACUUGAGAAAAUCAUAAACAAUCUAUCUACACAAAGUCUUCCAUGAUCCAUGUUAUACUAACUUUAAUCUCAACAUUACCCCAUUUGGACCUUUAGUCUACAUUACUGUGUCAUAGCUCUCUAAUGACUCGUGCUGUAUAUUUUCCAUCUUGCCUCACAGGGGACAAGGGAAUCCGCGGGGACAGGGGGACACCUGGGAAGUCUGGUGAGGAAGGCGCUCCUGGAUCCCGAGGGCCAAUGGGCCCCAAAGGAACCAAGGGCCAGGCGGGCCCCCCAGGGGACCCCUGCAAGACCCAGGACGCAGCCUUCUCGGUGGGGCGUCGCAAGUCCCUCCACAGCGUGGACUAUUACCAGGCCCUGGUGUUCGACACAGAGUUCGUCAACCUCCACGGCCACUUCGACAUGUUCAAAGGAAAGUUCUACUGCUACGUCCCUGGGAUCUACUUCUUCAACGUCAACAUCCACACCUGGAACUUUAAGGAGACCUACCUGCACAUCAUGAGGAAUGACAAGGAGCAGGCCAUCGUGUACGCCCAGCCCAGCGAGAGGUCCAUCAUGCAGAGCCAGAGCCUUAUGUUGCCCCUUGAGCUCAACGACGAGGUGUGGGUCCGGCUGUACAAGAGGGAGAGGGAGAACGCUGUGUAUAGCGACGAUGUGGAU